GGUCUCCGUUGCCUGUUGCAUCUCCGGCCCGCCGCGCAGUACUGCUCCUGCUCCGGCGCCACGUAUUCGCCGAGCAACGAUGGUGAUUCCUCCACCGGACAGGGCAGCUAGGAUCGUCACUUUUCUCAAGCCCUACCUUCUGAAGAUGCAUUUCUCGAACAAGUUUGUUACCGCACAGGUCAUCCAUACCCCAACAGCAACCGUCGCGUGCUCUGCGAGCUCACAAGAGAAGCUGCUGAGACCGAGCAUGGAGUCGACCCGUGACGUCUCUGCUGCUGCAAAGAUUGGGAAGUUGCUCGGCGAGCGCCUGCUGGUCCAGGGGAUACCUGCCGUGUCCAUCCACCUGAAGCGAGAGCAGAAGUACCAUGGCAAAGUCAGGGCUGUUAUAGAUUCUGUCAGAGAAUCUGGAGUUAAGCUGUUGUGAUGCUGAAACCAGAUAAAUUCGAUUAGCAUUUGAAUCUUGAGUUGUAUUGUCUGAAAGUUUGGACUGAUUCGAAUUGGGCAGCAACUUCGGUGUUACUGAAUUCAGCGCUAAACAAGCAUUCUACAGGUCAAUAAAACGACUGUGUUGUAAGGAGGUAGGCUGGUUAAUCUGUAGUAGCACUUCAGGAUCUGCAGUCAGCUCAUAUCUUCCCGAAAAUACAGCCCUUGUUUGCCUGCCUCGCCGUUUUUAAUAUGGUGUUUUUAAUGGAUCAUGGUUCCAUUUAAAAUCUGAAUUAA